AUGCCAAUACGACCAGAUCUUCAGCAGUUGGAAAAGUGCGUUGAUGAUGCUUUAAGAAAAAAUGAUUUCAAACCUUUGAAAACACUUUUACAAAUUGAUAUAUGUGAAGAUGUGAAGAUUAAAUGCAGUAAACAGUUUUUCCACAAGUUGGAUGACCUUAUAUGCAGGGAACUUAAUAAAAAGAAUAUCCAAACUGCCUCAACCAUUUUGGUUUCUAUUGGAAGAUGUGGCAAAAAUAUCAGCAUAUUGGGACAAGCUGGGCUUCAAACCAUGAUAAAACAAGGACUAGUUCAAAAGAUGGUUACCUGGUUUGAAAAAUCCAGAGAGAUUAUUCUCAGUCGAGGAAAUUCAAAAGAUGAAGCUGUUAUAAAUAUGAUAGAAGACUURUUUGAUCUUUUGAUGGUCAUACAUGACAUCGAUGAUGAAGGUAAACAGCAAGUAGYAGAAAGUUUCGUACCUCGAAUUUGUGCCCUGGUUAUUGACUCAAGAGUGAAUAUUUGUAUUCAGCAGGAGACCUUAAAAAAAAUGAAUGCCAUGCUUGACAAAAUGCCUCAAGAUGCAAGGAAAAUACUUUCUAACCAAGAAAUGUUAACACUCAUGAGUAGUAUGGGUGAAAGAAUUUUAGAUGCUGGAGAUUAUGACUUGCAGGUGGGCAUUGUGGAAGCUUUAUGUAGAAUGACCACAGAAAAACAAAGACAAGAACUGGCAUGUCAGUGGUUUUCAAUGGAUUUUAUUGCUAAUGCAUUUAAAGGAAUUAAAGACUCUGAAUUUGAAACAGAUUGCAGGAUAUUUCUCAACCUUGUAAAUGGCAUGCUUGGAGAUAAGAGAAGGGUUUUUACAUUUCCUUGUUUGUCAGCAUUUCUUGAUAAAUAUGAGCUGCAAAUACCAUCAGAUGAAAAACUUGAGGAAUUUUGGAUUGAUUUUAAUCUUGGGAGCCAGACGCUAUCAUUUUACAUUGCUGGAGAUAAUGAUGAUCAUCAGUGGGAAGCAGUCACUGUGCCUGAAGAAAAAGUACAAAUGUACAGCAUUGAAGUGAUAGAAUCAAAGAAGCUACUGACUGUAAUUCUGAAAAAUAUAGUUAAAAUUGGUAAAAGAGAAGGGAAGGAAUUGCUUUUGUAUUUUGAUGUAUCAUUGGAAAUCACUAAUGUGACUCAAAAAAUUUUUGGUGCUGAUAAAUAUAGGGAAUUUGCCAGAAAACAAGGUAUUUCAGUUGCCAAAACAUCUGUGCAUAUACUUUUUGAUGCAAGUGGAUCACAGAUUCUAGUGCCAGAAAGUCAGUUCUCACCAGUAGAAGAAGAACUUAGUAGUUUAAAAGAAAAAUCUAAUCCUCAAAAGGAAUUUGCUGAGCCUCCAAAAUACAUCAAAAAUAGUAACCAAGGAAAUGGGAAAAAUAGUCAGCUCGAGAUAACUACUCCUAGCAAAAGAAAAAUGUCUGAAGCAUCAAUGAUUGUUCCUGGUGCAGAUAGAUACACUGUGAGAAGUCCAGUACUUUUAAUCAACACAUCAACACCACGAAGAAGAAGAAUUAAACCACCACUGCAAAUGAUAAGUUCAGCAGAAAAAGCUGCUCUUUCUAAAGCACCAGAAAAUGGAGUGGAUAAUGCUAUAUCCCUUAAACCUAGACCAUCAGAAGGAAUAAAUAGGAGAGAGAAUGCAGACAAACAUAUUAAAACUGCUAAAGUUGCGGAAAAGACAGAAAAGAAGGACAUUGAAUUCCCAAACCAAAAUUUCAAUGAAAUCCAGGACAUUGUUCCUGAAUCACAGGCAGUGGCAACAAUAGAUAAACCUGUGCUGCCUGGUGUUUUAGACAACAUCUGUGAAAAUAAAAUGAACUCCAAAUGGGCAUGUUGGACACCUGUAACAACUAUUAAACUAUGUGAUAACCAAAGAGUCGAUACUUUUUCAGGAGAAACAUUCAAUCAAGAUAUUGAUAUCAACAAGCAAUAUACUAAACAAAAAUCAUCUUCUAUAUCUGAUGAUGAUUCUGAAGAAACAGAAAAUGCAAAAUAUAUGAAAGAAACAGUGGAGCCUAACAAAGUAUACAAAGCAGAAGAAUUGUGCAAAAGAAACAAUCAACAACAAAAUCAUCCACAGUAUUCAGAGCAGAAUACUGAAAAUACCAAGCAGAGUGACUGGCACAUUGAAUCUGAAACAACUUUUAAGUCAGUUCUUCUAAAUAAGACAAUUGAAGAAUCUCUGAUAUAUAGGAAGAAAUACAUAUUGUCAAAAGAUGUGAAUACUGCUAUUUGUGAUAAAAGCCCUUCUCCUAGAAAAAAUGUGAAAAGUCAGAGAAAAUCAGGGAAAGCAGUGACUUCGGAACUUAAUUCCUGGGAAUUGAAAGAAAAACAAAUGAGAGAAAAGUCAAAAGGAAAAGAAUUUACUAAUGCAGCAGAAACCUUAAUAAGCCAAAUUAAUAAGAGAUACAAACCAAAAGAUGACAUGAAGUCUACAAGAAAAUUAAAGGAGUCUUUGGUGGAUGGUGAUUUUUUAAACAAAUCUGACCUACAACUUAGUAAGGAAAAAGUUCAGAAAAAAAGUUACAGAAAACUGAAGACUACUUUUGUUAAUGUUACUUCUGAAUGCCCAUUGAAUGAUGUUUAUAAUUUUAAUUUGAAUGGAGCUGAUGAUCCUGUUAUAAAACUCGGAAUCCAAGAAUUUCAAGCUACAGCUACAGAAGCAUGUGUGGAUAAUUCAAUAAAAUUGGUAGAUUCACGGAAUCAUGAUGAACUUCAACCUUCUCUCAAAACAAAAGAUGAAAGGAUUAUCACAAAUCAUAAAAAGAAAAAUCUCUUCAGUGAUACUGAAACAGAAUAUAGGUGUGAUGACAGCAAGACAGAUAUUAGCUGGCUAAAAGAACCAAAAUCAAAACCACAGCUAAUAGACUAUAGCAGAAAUAAAAAUGUGAAGAAAUGUGAAAACAGGAAAUCAAGACCAUCCUUGGAUAAGGGUCAACCAAGAUCUAAAAUGGCAUACAAAAAAAACACCAAGCAGAGGGAGGAGAUAGCUCCYGAUGGGAGAACCAGACUUCCAAGAAGAGCAGCAGGAACCAAAAAGAAUUAUAAAGAUCUUUCAAAUUCAGAAUCAGAGAGUGAACAAGAAUUGUCACAUUCAUUUAAAGAGAGCUUUCUAGUAAAGGAGGAAAACAUCCAUUCCAGAACCAAAACAACGAAACUGCCAAAGAAACGACAGAAAGUCUUCUCUGCUGAUACACAAAAAGAACUAUCAAAAGAAUGGAAAUACUCGUCUCUACUAAAAGAUACUAUAAAAGAUAAUAGCCUGGAUUCAUCUCCUUCAUCUUUAUCUGAGACUCCAUCAUCUGUAGAAGUAAUGAGAUGUAUAGAGAAAAUAACAGAAAAGGAUUUUAUUCAGGAUUAUGACUGUAGAACAAAAUCUCUAUCACCUUACCUGAAAACCUCAUCACCUGAAUCCUUAGACAGUAACAAAGAAGUUGGAGGUCCAGUAAACUCAUCCAAAAACAAUGGAACAAACUUGCUAUGUGCAAGUGAAAGUUGCUCACCAAUUCCACAACCUCUGUUUUUGCCUAGGCAUCUUCAAAAUCAGAAUAAUGCAAUAGUGAAUAGAAAAAGAAAAAAAGAGCUUAUGGAAAUUGAAUUUCCAAUUAUUAAUGAAAAUCAUAUACAAAGCAAAAGAGAGGGAAGCCAUUCACCAUCUCCAUUAUCCAUGUCUAGUGAAAAAAGAGAGAAAAUAUUGUUUGAUAUGCCUUGUGACACUACUCAUGUAUCAGGCUCCACUCAGCAUCUUAGUUGUAAACGAGUGUACAUAGAAGAUAAUCUUGGUAAUGUCAAUGAAGUGGAAAUGGAAGAAGAAGAACAGAGAGUCCACUUGCUUCCCAAAAGAUGGUGUAGAACUGAAGAUGCAGACCACCACACCUGCAGAGUAUCUGAAAACAUAUCUCCAUUAUCAACAGAUGAUUUUUUAAUUCCUGAGGAGAACUGGGAAAGUGAAUUUUCAGGUGUAGGGUUGAUUUGUGAGAAGAUCAAUUCAGAAUUUAAGAGGAAGAUUCAUAUCCGACAUAAAAUGAUGGAUUAUUUUACUAAGCAGUCUUGGAAAACAGCUCGGCAACAUCUGAAAACAAUGAACCAUCAAAUUCGGGAGUAUAGGAUUAAAAAACUUGAUAAAUUCCAAUUUAUCAUCAUAGAAGAACUGGAGAAUUUUGAAAAAGAUUCACAAUCUUUAAAAGAUUUGGAGAAAGAAUUUGCGGACUUUUGGGAAAAGAUAUUUCAGAAGUUCAGUGCAUAUCAGAGAAGUGAACAACAGAGGCUUCAUCUUUUGAAAACAUCAUUGGAUAAAAAUGUCUUCUAUAACACUGAUUAUGAAGAAACUGUAUUUACAUCUGAGAUGUGCCUGAUGAAAGAGAACAUGAAAAUGCUCCAAGACAGGCUUCUGAAGGAAAUGCAAGAAGAGGAACUUCUUAAUGUACGGAGAGGACUGAUGUCAUUAUUCAUGGCCCAUGAAAGAAAUAUUAAUGUGUGA